GCGUGCGCGCACACGUUCAGUUUGGUUAAAACUAACUGAGCUGGAAUGAACACAAUACACUAUAGGAAUUAAUUGCUAUUCUCUCAAUGAAUUUGCAAAGGUUUGUCCACAGGACGAGAGAGCGUUUGAGUCUCGAGAAAGACCCGGUUAGAGAAUACUCAAAAUGAGCAAAAAAACUCCAAAUCGACCAGGGAUCACGUUUGAGGUUGGUGCCAGGGUCGAGGCCCAGGACUAUCUGCAAAAAUGGUACCCUUCACGCAUCGAGAAGAUUGAUUAUGAUGAAGGAAAGAUGCUUGUUCAUUUUGACCGUUGGAGCCAUAGAUAUGAUGAAUGGAUUCUCUGGGACAGCAGCAGACUUCGACCCUUAGAGAGACCGGCACUCCGCAAAGAGGGUCUCAAAGAAGAAGAGGUGUCUGAGAGACUCAGCGAGAUGAGAGCAUCUCGCCUUCGUGAGCUUCCUGGAAGUACAGAGAGCACAGAAGACCAAAAAGACUUACCCCAGCAGAGACAAGAAUUGAGAGAUGGUGAGGAAGUGCUUGCACGAUGGACAGAUUGCCGCUACUACCCUGCAAAGAUAGAAAGUAUCAACAAGGAAGGAACUUACACUGUACAAUUUUAUGAUGGUGUCAUUCGCUGUGUGAAAAGAAUCCAUAUCAAGUCCAUGCCAGAAGAUGCAAAAGGACAACAGGACUGGAUCGCACUGGUGAAAGCUGCCUCUGCUGCGGCCAAGAAUAAAGGAGGGAACAGACCACGUACCAGCGCCAACAGCAACAAGGACAGAGAGGACAGGAGAGAACAGCGGUCAGAUGAAGAGGAGGAUGACGACGAUGAUGAUGAUGAAGAGGAUGAUGAUGAUGAGGAGGAAGAUGAUGAUGAUGAUGAGGAUAGUGAAUCAGAGAAACUUGCAGACCUGGACUCAGAAGAAGAGGACAGUAAGCCACCUGCUGAGGAACUUGAAUCGGCUACAGCAAAGAGGAGGAGCAAAAGACAAGGCAACCCAUGCAGCAUUAAAAGGAGUCGCCUUGGCAAAGGAGCAGGAUGUGCUGACACUGAGUCUGAAUUCAAAGCAGAGACUAAAGAGCUUCCAGUGACACCACAGCAGAAAGUACAGAGUCCAGAGCCUAGUCCAGCUGAUGAGAAAUCCCAGUCGGCCAGUGCCCAAAAGACAACCCCAUCCCUCUCUAGCCCACCUGUGUGCAAAGCUCGUUCAAGAAGACUGAAACACGACUCUGGAGAGUCCGCUUCCAGCAGUCAGAACACAUCUGCAGCCCCCGAACCAAGUCCUUCACCCAGCUCAACACAAACCCUUCCAGACAGCACACACACUGCCCCUUCCAGCUCCCCCCAAAGAAGGAGACGAUCUCAACGUUUAGCAACAACCUCUGACCUGAUCUGUCCGCCGUCACCACACACAAGGGAUACAGUCACUCAUCCUCCUCCACCGCCAGAUGGCCCUCUGAUAGCUGAUGAAGACAGCAGCACUGUGGUUAAAACAGAAGAUACUUCACAAAAGCCAGUUUCAGGAAGCCCAUCCACAGCUGCUUCCACUGCCAGUGCUCAGGCACCAAUCACUGAGAAGGAGAAAAUAACUGAUGUUUUGCCCAGUAAUCAAGCAACACUUGAAGAAAACUCACCUGCUGUAGUCCCAGCUGCAAUUCAGAAAGUUCCUUCUAGAACUCCUAAAGCCAACAAACAUGCCAGAGAACCAAUCAUAAACACCAAGAGGUCUGAUGACCCCUUAGCUCCUAACGAGUGUAUAAUAGACCUGGACCAUAAUAAAUUUAAGUGUAAAGUCCCUGGCUGCUCUAAAGCAUUCCGGAAAGCUAAGCUGCUGGACUAUCACCUGAAGUACUAUCACAACACUGAGAAAGAAAUGGACACAGAGGUCUGCUCCCCUGAGAGGGAGGGCCGCACCAGGGCCACGUCUGCUUCCAUGCCUACAAGCACAUUAUCAGAUGUCCCAGAUAACAAGAGGCGCAGGACCGUCUCUACUUCUUCCUCUCUGUCCUCUCAGGGCUUCAUACUUCAAAUGGACAGUGGUGGCUGUGUGCGACCUCCUAAGUUUUGUAAAAAGAAACGCUCGUCUGCCUCUAUGAGUUCAGACAGUACUGAGGUCUCCCUUCCACCUCCCACCUUUGAUAACCUCCACGACAAGAUUAUCAAGAAAGACAAGCACAUGGAUGGUCUUUGUAUAAAGACAGAGCGGAAAUUCAAACUGGAGGAUAAAUGCCAAUUGUUUGUUAAAAAGAGGGAUAAAGACAGGAGGGACAGGAAAGAGAAGGACCUUUUCCGAAUUAAACAGAAGAAAAAGAAAAAAAAGAAGAAGAAAUCAAAACUGCACUGUUACCCAGACCUGGAUGAGAUGUCGUUGACUUACUUGGAGAGACCGUCUUCCCCAUCGCAUCGUUCUUCCUCUAGUGCCUUCAAGCACAGCACCUUCCAAUACCCUCGUGCCAUACUAUCCGUUGACCUCACCGGGGAGAACCUUUCAGACAUCGACUUCCUGGAAGACUCGACCACUGAGAGCUUACUGUUCAGUGGAGAUGAGUAUAACCAGGAUCUAGACUCAAUCACUAUGGAGGACUUCCAGGAUGAGGAUGAUGAUGGUGCUGAUGAAAUUGUUCGCUGCAUAUGCGAGAUGGAUGAAGAAAAUGGCUUCAUGAUUCAGUGUGAAGAAUGUAUGUGCUGGCAGCACAGUGUGUGUAUGGGGCUUUUGGAGGACAGCAUCCCAGAACAGUACAUCUGUUACAUCUGUAGAGACCCUCCAGGUCAGAGGUGGAGCGCAAAGUACCGCCAUGAUAAAGAUUGGCUUCAAAAGGGCCACAUGUAUGGCCUGUCGUUCCUCGCCGAGAACUACUCUCAUCAGAAUGCCAAGAAAAUCGUGUCCACUCACCAGCUGCUGGCUGAUGUUUACAGUGUUAAAAACCUGCUCCAUGGCCUUCAGCUGAAGAUGGAUAUUUUACAGAACAAGCAUAACCCAAGUUUGCACUUGUGGGCUCGGUCUUGGGUAAACUCUGAUGAGGACCAGCCUAUGGGUGGCGUUCCAGAUGGUCUACAUUUCAAAGAGCACCUUAAUCAGAAUUUAAACCCUGAAACCUACAUUACCAGUGAGCACAGCUACCAAAAACCACCUGGCACAGGUGCCGAGCACACAAGAGAUGAGCAGGGGAUGCAAAUGGGCUCUCAGUUUAACCUGAAGGAAGAAGAGGUGAGCAGUGCCAUUGCUCUGUCUGGAUGUGUGAAUGACAGCAGUGUGGAGCAGACCAGGAACUGUCUGCAGUGGCAGAUGAACCUGCUCACACACAUAGAGGACAUUCAGAACCAGUUGUCGGGCCGCAUGGACCUCAUUGAGAAAGAGCUUGAUGUGCUGGAGAGCUGGCUGGACUUCACUGGUGAAUUGGAGCCUCCUGAUCCUCUAGCCCGACUCCCUCAGCUCAAGUGCCGCAUCAAACAGCUUCUGACUGACCUGGGAAAAGUGCAGCAGAUGAGCACCCUCUGCUCUGUGUGAUACACACAUUAUAGUGUGUUUUCUGAGCUUCUAACAACAAUCUGCGCACGCAAGAAGGUGUAAUCUCUUCAGUUGAUGUGUGCUCUGUGAAGAUGAACGCUGGCCAUGACCAAGUGUGAGAUUCAUGCCGAAUGUGUCAAACAGGAAGAUGUCAGUGAGCCUAAACUGCAUAUGCGCUUAAAGAGGAUGUUGUUGUCCAAAAUAGGAAAACAUCACUAUAGGAUAUUAAUUCUUUCACGUGUUAACAGAAGGGAACAUAAUCUAUUUUUUAAAAAGGUCACAACAUCAAACAUGGAUUUAGGUUUUAGCUUGUUUGUUUGUUUGUUUUGUUUGUUUGCUUUUUGCAUCAGUUAGACCCCAAAAGCAAAUCCAGUCUGUUUUUUUCCUCUCUGUGAGCUUAAGGAAAUAUGAACUUGACUGUAGUGGGUCUUUAAUAGCAGACCAUUUAAAAGUUCAUUAGUGUUUGAUAUAUAUAUAUAUAUUUAAUGAAAAAGGUUUUUGCCACUUAAAGUCACUUUGAAGUGCCAAGGAAACAGACCCAUAUGGCUGUUUUUCUUUAUCCAGAAACGCACAGUUCAAUUUCCAAGUUUUUGAAAUGAAUGUUGGAUUUUUAUUAGAGAAGGAUUGGGCUAGUUUGCAGUCUGAUACACUGUCACUAAAGGUUCGCAAUGCCAACAAACCCAUUAAAACAACACCUAGAUAGAUAGAUAGUUUUCGUACAACAGCUCGUCUAAUAUUUUAGCAUGUUUCUCUACAGUCUUGAUGGAUGCUGUAGCGAUUCGCAAGAAAGCAAGCUAAUCUAAUCGUGGGCGUCCAGAAGCAGGUGACUCUUCUCACUAAGGUCUGUUUAUCAUGUUGAUAUUUUGAGAGUUGCUACCGUGAAGUAAGCUAAUCCUGAGAGGGAUGUAAAUGCAUAUAAUGAAUCCAUUUAGUUCUGUUUUCUUGUUUUUGAAAUGUGUAUAUACAGUUUUUUACAACUGUAGGGAAAAACAACAACAACAACAAAAAAUGUAAGGCAUCGGAGAAUAAUACUUGAAAUGCCUGUUUAAUCUCCAUUUCUAUUAAUCUGUACAAAGAGUGUUUUAGAAUUUAGAUUUAAAACUUGAAGUUUCGUUUGAUGAGAAAAACCAGCUGUACAUUUAAAGAGUUUAUUUAAAGACCUGAUGUAAUUAUCUGUAUGUACAACUUCAUUAAAAAAAUAUUCUGAAUUU